AUGCUGGGAGUUGUAGUUUUGACACAUCUGGAGGUCCGCUGGUUGGAAACCACAACGGCUGUCCGGCCAUGCUGGGAGUUGUAGUUUUGCAACAUCUGGAGGUCCGCAGGUUGGAGAUCACUGCUCUAGAGUCCCCUGGAAGAAGAUGUGUCAUGGUGGGAUAAUAUUUCACCCAGUUAUGUCAUUAAUAGGUGUUUUAAGGCUUAGCAGAAUCCAGAAGUCAAAUAGGGCUAUAAAUACCCGGGACCUGCAUAGUUCUUAUAUUAUGUCGUUCUGUCUCAUUGAACAAAAGAAAGGUUAUUCUUAGCGCCCCCUAAAGGCCGCGCGGAGAAACGACACCAGCAUUCCAAAGCGUGAAUCCCGUCCGUCCUCUCCAGCGCCAUCUAGAGCUCCCCGCGGUGUACUGCAUGCUCCCUCCCUUAACGGGACAGAGAAAAGACAGCGCGACCCACACACAGAGGCGGCUCGGAGGAGAGCUCCCUGCAAGCUGAGAGCCGGGAUCGGGACUCCGGGGCUCGGGAUCGGGACUUUCUCCAGUGUUGCAUGCUGUGGGGGGCAGCAGGGGAUCCCAUGCGAUGUGAGUGAGCUAUGCAUUUUGGAAAUGCCCAGGCUGAAGCCCUAAGAAGAAAAGAUGGCGCCUCCCCCCCUGUGCUGGGACUGCAGCUCUGCCCCCUCUCCUUCCUUCUUGCUGGGCUCUUGCUGGGGCUCGGAUCGGGGGCAGCGGCGGGAUGGUGCCAACCAUGCCCGGGUAACUGUACUUGUGCCAACGACUCCUGCAUGGUGAACUGUUCUGGAGCAGGGCUGCUGGGGCUGGAGACUUUACCUGCCAAUGUUACAGUGCUAGAUCUUUCAAACAACAGUAUAGAAACCCUGGACAGAAGACUAUUCAGGCAACUACAGAAUCUGACAGAAUUGGACCUAAGUGACAACCCGUUGCUUUGCGACUGCCGUAUGUCAUGGCUUCCGUUAUGGGCUGCUGAGUAUGGGGUUACAUUGGCACAGAAGGACUCUACCAUCUGUGAUGGGCCUCCAAUGGUAUCCGGCCAGCCUCUGCUCAAUGUUUCUUUCUCCAAGUCCACGUGUGGAGGUGACGUAAUCUUCUGUCCACAAAAUCCAUCAUUUACCAAUGAAUCCGUGUUGACCUUCAUACCCAUCCAUGUGCCUCAUCUAACCAAUGAGACUUGCAGCGCACAGUGCUUUGCUAACCUCUACAGCUUUUGGAGCCUUGACCCUAAACAUGGUUGCCUUUGUGGUGAUCCCAUUUCUACCAACAUGUCCCUUCAGUGUCAGGAGGUGUGCAAUUCUCCGUCCGUCUUCUCUGACUGCAACCUAACAAUUGUCCAAGAGGCCACUGGCACCAAGUCUUUUGCCGUCUUGCAGCACUCCCAAGAAACCUAUAGACUUGGGGAGUCUGUGCACCUACAAGUCGAGGCUCCGAUCCCUGUUACUCCUCUCCUUUGGGAUUUGGGAAAUCAGAUCUAUAGCACCAGUGAGCUUAACAUCACCCAUAGGUACGCCCAACCGGGGAUGUACAACGUGACUGUGACUCUACGUCUGGGUAACAGAGACCUUCUCAUUCAGGAGGAACUGAAGGUGCUAGGGUUGCCUGAGGAGAUACGGGUCACAUGCCCAUCUCUGGUGAGGACCAAUGACAGUGUGGAUGUCCAGGUGAAGGUGCGAGGAGGAACUGAGGUUGAAGUGGUGUCUACUGUAACAUCUGAGAGCGGUGAGAUAGUGUCCCCUGCCUGUCCACUUGGAAGUGUGGUGUACCCAGAUAAUAACAAUUGUUACCAGUUGGUAUCGGAAAAAGCUGGAUGGUACGAAGCACAAAAAAUCUGCAAGGAUCUUGGAAACGGGGACAUGGCCGUUGUGAGCAGUCAUGAGUUGCAGAGGUUUCUGGAGACCCGGGUUACCAGUGGUCUGGAGGUGUGGAUAGGAUUCAAUGACACCAGAAGUGCAGAGUCCCUACCAGAAGGGAAGCGGUUUGACCUGGAGAGCUGCCAGAACUGGCUACCAGGGGAGCCCGAGCCAUCCCAGGCGGAUCGCUGUGUGAGAAUGGGACCCAAUGGGGUGUGCAACACUGACCUGUGCAGCUCAAAACACAGCUAUGUGUGCGAAUACAAGUCACAAACUCUUACUCUUAAUGCUGAAUACUUAGUGGUGGGAUCUUCAGUUUUUGACACAAACUGGCCCCUGCAGAACUUGUCAAGAGUGAAGAAUGUGUCCUUUCCUGAUCGGGAGGUGGAGGUGCUGAUCUUCCCUCAGUUCCGAUUUACACAGACAGUCUUCUUGUCAGCUCUAGAAUUUGUGACAGAGGAUCUGGAAGAGUUGGUCCAAAUGAGGUUCCAAGUAUAUACCCCGAGCAUGGUACAAGAUUGUCCACCCAAAAGUACGACCUCCCCGACUACGACUACCUCCCUGCCCAGCAACGAGAGUCUCCCCGAGUGUGAGGAAGAUCUGGAGUCCUCUAACUCCACCAACAGCAGUCUACCGGUGGAGAGCGGCUGCUUCCCUGCCAACGAGCCCACCAUCUCCACCACCGCACUGCCAACCCAGUCUAAUAGCAGCCAGACUAACUUCAUUCUAGUGAAGGAAUAUCUCUUCAUAAUUCCCCCGGGAAACGCCACGCAGUAUUUGGCAUCUUUCGAGGAUGUGAGUGUUGAGGUGCUACCAGACACCCUCCUUGUUGUCCAGCACGACGCACCAGCGAAGAAGUUUCUCCAUUGCCACCCGUCCAGGUCUUACCAUGUUAUUCGCCAACACAGUUGGAUGGACUGUAUUCCCGGAGAUCUUCUUGGAGGAUCGUUAGUCAAUAGCACAGCUGAAAAGCGGCCCAGUAAAGAAGGCAGCGGAGCAUCUUGCUCCAUAAGAGUCAUUGGCACCACUGCAAAUAGUUCUGCUCUUUUUAGCCCUCAGCCAAAUAGUGGUCUUAAGUAUCCUGGCAUAUACACCGUUUCAGCAAGGUUCAGCAACCCGUUGUUUGAAGCCACUGAUUCUUGCACCUUCACCGUGAUGUCACCCGUUUCAGGCUUGAAGGUGAUCUACCCGAUCCCACAAGAGGAGAUCUACUAUGUCCCGAUCAAUGAUACCAUUCUGGUCCUCAAACUACUCACAGGAUCCAACGCUACAGCCCAUUGGGUCGGCACCAACCAGAGCUGGAGCUUCGGGCAGACGUGUCCUGCAGUGAUUUCUGCGUGUGACGCAGUGAGAGGGGACGUUUCUUAUGCCGAGAUCCAUCUGAAGGGGCUCAGGAAAGGAGUCGUGGAAAUUGUCAUAUUGGUACAGAAUGAAAUGAGCUCAGAAAACAAAACAAUUCAAGUCAAAAUGGAGGAACCCAUCAGAGGACUGAGCAUCAGCCCGUACCCCCAGGAGAGGGUUCUGGUCAACACCCGGGUGAACUACGUACCAACCGUGGAAUCUGGAUCGGACGUUGUCUUCAAAUGGACUGUAGACGACCGCUCAUCUCUUACCUACUACUACACUGUCUUCAAUGUCAUCUACCAGCAUUCAGCUGUGUACAAGCUGACGCUGACUGCCUCCAACCACGUCAACAGUGCCUCCUUAACCUACAACGUCACAGUAGAGAACAUGAACCCAAUGCGAAGUCUGCAAAUCAAUAGGGUCCCAAGCAUUGUGACCCAGAAUGCAUUGCUUGAUCUCUCGGCCACCGUCAUGCUGGACUCUGCAGUUGAAGCCACAUUCAGGUGGACAUUUGGGGAUGGCACACAGCAAGAUCAUCAUUUCAAGCCUCCGUAUAACCAGUCAUUCCCAGUUCCUGAUGCGUCUGUUCAUAUGGUGCUUGUAGAGAAUAAUGUCACCCAUACCUACCUGGAAUCCGGAGAAUACAAUUUGACGCUGGCUGUCUUCAACAAGUACGAAAACACGUCGCAAGCAAUACCCCUGCAGGUUCAAGAGUCUUUGACCAACUUGACCAUUGUUACAGAUUCUCCAGUCCUGGUCAGUGGAAAAUCUGUGGUUUUUACGGUCAUCUCUAAACCCUCGGCUUUCGGUGUCCUCUACACCUGGGACUUAGGCGAUGGCACCUUCCACUUCAAUACCAGCAAGUCAGUGUUGAAUCACACGUACGGCACCAUCGGGACGUACGACAUCACCGUCCGUGCUGCCAACAACAUCAGCGAGGUCUGGGCAGUGAAGACCGUCCAUGUUUACGAGGAGGUCACUGGCUUGGUGGUGUCUUCUGAUGAACCGACUGAGAGAGGCCUACAAACCUUUAUCAAUGCUUCUGUGGAAACUGGGGACAAUAUCACAUGGAGCUUCUACAUGGGCGAUGGGUAUAUAUUUGAGGGUAAUGAGCCUAUGAUCAACUAUACGUAUUGCAAAGAUGGGAAUUACACAGUUAACGUAACUGCUAGCAAUGCAGUGAACUCCUUGUCAGAGCUGCUUCUAGUCCAUGUGUACGUUCUGCAGGUCCUCAAAAUAGAGCCGUCUACUUGCAUCCUGGAAAAUGCAAAUGUCACCCUGAAGGCAUAUGUUACAGGGGACUAUGAACACUAUACCUUUAACUGGACUUUAGGCAAUAGUUCUUCAAGUAUCACCAUUAACGGGAACCCAUCGGUAGAGUAUGACUUCUCAACUAGCGGAAUAUUCCCGCUUACCCUCAUACUCUCCAGCCAGGUGAACAAGGCCUAUUAUUACUCCAAUGUUUGUAUCGAGCCUGAAAUAGUAAACGUUACCCUAUUGCCAUCUCAGCAGAAUAUAAGUCUUGGCAACGAGAGUCAUUUCCAAGUCAUUGUCUUCCCCGCCUACCAAUAUCGCUACAUAUGGGACUUUGGGGCAAAUGUUUCUAGAUAUAGCGGUGGGACAGAGGUCCACUUCUUGUACAAAGUUCCUGGUGUGUAUCAAGUCACAGUGUCUGUGUUCAACAAUGUCUCUUUUCAUAAUGGAACUGCGUUGGUGGAUGUCCAAGAACCCAUCGGGACCAUCAGAAUUGAACACAAUGGGACACAAUUCUUGGAAGUAGAUCAGAUAUACUUAUUUUCAGCUGUAGGGAGUGGGACUAAAGUUCAGUAUCACUGGGACUUUGGAGAUGGGAGCACAGUUGAAGGUCAGUCUGUCACAUAUGUUUAUAACACCACAGGAAGCUUUACCAUCAUCCUAAGUGGCUUCAAUGGUGUAAGUAGCAGUAGAACCCAUAUGAACAUCACAGUCAAGACUCGAAUACAUGGGCUAACUAUGAACGCCACCAGGACUGUGGUGCCUCUGAAUGGGUCUGUGACUUUCUCAGCCUUCCUCCAGUCAGGAGACGAUAUCCGAUAUUCAUGGAUCCUAUGUGAUCGUUGUUCUCCUAUAUUUAGUAAUUCAACCAUUUCAUACACUUUCCGCUCUAUCGGAACGUUUAAUGUCAUCGUAACGGCUGAGAACGAACUUGGUUCCCUACAGGAUAGCAUUAUAAUAUAUGUAUUACAGACCAUUGAAGGACUUCAGAUUACGACAGGCGAACUGGUCAACGAUUGCUGUUUCCCAACCAACAAAAGCCUACCAUUACAGGCCACGAUCAAAGAUGGGACCAAUAUUUCAUAUAGUUGGUUUAUCCUAAAGAAUGACAGUAUUAUUCAGGGUGGUGCUGGCAAAACCUAUCAGUUCUUGAGUAUGGAGCCAGAGAUGUAUACCAUUAUUCUGAAAGCGGUCAAUAUGUUGGGAAAUGCAAGCGUCAAGAUCAGCGUGGUGUUUGUAGAAACCCUUGGCCAAAUACAUCUGUUGGCCUCUCCGAAUCCAGCUGCUCUUAACACAACAGUCAACAUUUCUAUGAGUUUAAGCAGUGGGUCUGGGGUUAUGUACACUUGGUAUCUGGAGGAAAGUGUGGUUUGGUUUACUUAUGAAUCCUACAUCUUGUAUAAUUUUCAAAGCCCUGGUCCGAAGGAGGUUCGUGCUGUGGCCAACAACACCUUAGGCUCUGUCAACACAACAACCACGAUCUUCAUUGAAGAGCCAAUCGGGGGAUUAUCCAUAAAUUGUCUUGACAAUAAGGGAAAUUAUGUACCCACAGGGACUACCUUGUACCUCUCCGGCCGUGUUCAGCUUGGUACAAAUGUGUCAUGGGCUUGGAGUAUUCCUAAUGGGACCACUGAUGGAAAGGCGGCCAUUGUUUCCUUCGAGAAAGCAGGUUUCUCCACAGUCAGUCUCAACGCCUCAAAUGACGUGAGCUGGGAAAUUGCUUACAAAAACUUCACCGUGCAGGACAAAAUACAUGGUCUAAAACUGCUAGUGAGCAAGAUGGUAGUGGAACCGGGGGAGUUAGUCACCUUCAACAUCAGUUUGUCUGCUGGCUCCUCUGUCAGCUAUGAACUGACCAUAAAUGGAGACUUCUCCAUCGUUCUUAAUGGUAGUAGUUACACGUAUGAGUUUACCAAAAUUGGUGGCUAUCCUGUGACGGUGGUGGCACAUAACCAAGUGAGUGAAGAGAGGGACACAGUCAUGAUAUCUGUGCUUGAAGCUAUACAGAACUUGAAACUUGUAAAUUGUUGUGAAGUUGCCAUACCAGCCGGGAUCGAUAAGACCUUCAGAGCAGAAGUCAGUCAUGGCUCUCUGGUUGCCUACACUUGGUUGUUCGAUUUGCAGGGUCACUCUGCUACUAGCUUAGCCGGCAGAAAUGUAACCUAUACACCGAUAGGUGCUGGAAGCCUCACCAUACACAUCAGUGCAUCCAAUGCUUUGGGGAGUCAGAACAUCUCAGUGAUUAUAAAGGUCCAAGAACUAAUUGUUGGGCUCAACUUGAUUCCGGUCAACGCGUUUGUGAACAGAAGUGUCACCUUCAAUGCAGUUGUGAGUCCCAGUCCUUUGGAUGUUAGGUUUGAGUGGUCCUUUGGAGAUAAUACACCUUCUUUAGUCACAUACUCUGCAUCCGCCAACCAUACUUACCAGGCACCCGGAGACUUUAGGGUGAAGGUCAAUGCCUCCAACCUCAUCAGCUUUUGGGUCUCCGAAAUAACCGUCACCACUCGAAUUCUUCAGUGUGAAGAACCAGAAGUGCAACUGGAGUUGCCGACUCAAGUGAUCAUGAGAAGAUCCCAGAAAAAUUAUAUUGAGGCUGAAAUCAAUCUCCGUGGAUGUAUCAGCUACCAAACCAAGCACCAAUGGGAGAUAUACAAAACAACUAGCUGCCUACACUACUUCGAGUCUGACAAGGUCCACCUUCUGAAUGUGGAUAUGAGCCGACCUCAGCUGGUAGUACCAAAACUGGCUCUCGAGAUCGGAGACUAUUGCUUUGUCUUCUCGGUGUCAUUCGGAGACACACCAUUGUCUAGAAGCAGUUUUGCCAAUGUUACAAUGUUGCCAAGCAGAUUGGUGCCAAUCAUUGAUGGAGGGUCCUAUAGAGUGUGGUCAAGUAGUCGGGAUUUAGUAUUGGAUGGGAAGAAGUCUUAUGACCCAAACCUGGAGGAAGAAGAGCAGACUCCCCUCUCAUAUAAAUGGUCGUGUACAACCCUGACAAAGAAUUUAGAAAGUGUGACAUGUAAUUCAGGAGUCACGUCAGAUUUGGGAGAAAUGUUCAUUCACAAGUCAAAGCUGCAACCAGAUGUGGAGUACACGUUUUUUCUGACUGUCAGUAAACCUGGAAGACACCAUGAGUCCAUCAACCAAACGGUUCUGAUUAAGAGGGGCAGCAUUCCCAUUGUGUCCCUGAAGUGUGUGUCUUGCAAGGCGCAGUCUGUGUAUGAAGUAAGCGCCAGCUCCUAUGUUUACCUGGAGGGGUCCUGCACUAACUGUCUGGACGAAGCGCGGUCUGGGAGAUGGACAGCUCAGAGCUUCAGCAACAAGACCCUGGUCCUCAAUGCCAGCACCACGACCACAGGAGACCGAGAGCUGAACCUCGUACUCAGACAGGGAGUGUUAAAAGAUGGAGAGGGGUACAAAUUCACCCUUCAUGUUAGCGAUCCCACCAUGGAGGAAGAGGGGUUCGCUUCUAUAGAUCUGCUUCCGAAUACUCCACCCACUGGGGGAACCUGCAGAAUCUUUCCUAAUGGAACCAUACAUGCCCUGACUGACCCAGUCCACUUUGAUUGUACAGGGUGGAGAGAUACAGAAGAUGAGGUGGCUCUUGUUUUCAUCCUGAGGGCCAAGCGCUGCCGCGGCGGGCACUGCGAUGACUUCUGGGUAUACAAAGGCAGCCGGUCAGAACACAUCACCUUCCUGCCUGUUGGGUACCUGGAGUCCAACUUCAAGGUGGAAAUUUCUAUUCUUGUUCAAGACCAGCAGGGGGCGAUAGCAGUCGCCUUAAACCACACCAUGGAUAUUGUGAUGCCAGUCGUCCCAGAUGGAUUUCAUAGCCUUGCGGACUGGUUACAAAACCUCACUGAGUCUCGCUUGCAGGGUUUAUUGAAGCAGGGAGACCCCCAGCACGUUGCUGAAUAUUCUUUGGCUCUCAUCACUGUUCUCAAUGAGUAUGAAGUCAUGAGAAAGCAUGAAGAAGCAGGUGAGCCGGACCUGGGGAGCGUGCGCAAGAAAAUCACGGAUGCCCUGAUAUCUCUCAAAGUGAACACGGUGGAUGAUAUACGGCAGAUUGCGGCAGCGCUUGCGCAGUGUACGGUGGCCAGCAAGGAGUCGGCAUGCGUGUCUUGUCAGCGGAAAACCCUUAGCAAGCUGGAAGCCAUGCUGUCUAUAUUACAGAAUGAAACGACACAAGGGAUGAUGACCCCCACCACCAUUGCAGACAACAUAUUGAACAUCAUGGGAGACGUCAUCCAUCUUGUAAACAACAAGUCCCCCGUCCACAGAGGAGGGAAGCUGUGCGGGGCCCUCAACAAUGUUACCGUUGCCUCCGAAGCUUACAAUCUGUCUUCGGAUCUCAUGAGGAUUUUGAUGAAGUCCAGGGUACUGAAUGAGGAGCCUCUGACCCUGCAGGGGGGGGAGAUCUUGGCACGGGGCAAACGAUCGGAUCCCCUCAACUUGCUUUGCUACAGCAACAGGACCGGCUGCCAGUUCUUUAUUCCACACGGAUUUAACAGCACAUUCCCUGACCUGACAGACAUCAUCCAGGUCAUGUUCCGAGUAGACUCCAAUCCCUACCCUUUUGGAUUUAUCAGCAACUACACUGUGUCCACCAAGGUGGCGUCUAUGGAGUUCCAGACUAGUAAUGGUAGCCAGAUUCCGGUUGAGAGCUUGGACUCUGAAAAGGCCAUCACGGUUAGCGUUGCCAAUAACACUGGGGUGGGCAAUAUCACCGCUGGUGUGGCCAAUGUUGAGAGCCGGCGCUCGGUGAAAGUGGACCUCGAGGCGGAAAGCAGCAAUGAGAACGCAGGACUUCACAUACAAAUCACAUACAAAGUGCAGGAUGAGAGAUACAAAGACAGUGAACCUGAGCCCUACAUCUCCGUCUACCUACAUGAGACCAGUCACCCCAACCAGCAUAACUACAGCGACAUGAAGCAGAUCAGCGAGGAGUCUCUGUCAGGAGAUGACCACAAACUCUACACGUUCUUCAUAGCCCCCACAGACGGGAAUCUGACCAGACGCUACUACUUAAACAUCACAAACCAUUACAUGUGGUCACCUGUGGACGUGACGGUGGGCCUGUACACCUCCCUGUGCCAGUACUUUGAUGGGAAUGAGAUGAGAUGGAAGACGGAGGGGGUUGUACCCCUAGAGGACACCAGACCAGACCAGGCUGUAUGUCUAACCCAACAUCUGACAGCAUUCGGUGCCAGCCUCUUCGUCCCUCCGCAUUCGGUCAACUUUAUCUACCCCCCUCCUCCUCCCGGUAUUAACUACAUUGUGCUGCUCACGUGUGCCGUCUGCUUCGCUACCUACUCUGUAGCUACCAUCAUUGUCCACAAACUGGAUCUGCUGGAUGUCAGUAAGGCUGGAGUUAUCCCCUUCUGUGGGAAAGCUGGAUCUUAUAAAUAUGAGGUCCUGGUGAAGACAGGAUGGGGUCGGGGAUCUGGUACCACCGCUCAUGUUGGCAUCAGUCUGUACGGAGUAGACAGUAAAAGUGGCCACAGGCAUCUAGAUGGAGAGAAUACCUUCCAUAGAAACAGUGUGGACAUCUUCCAGAUAGCAACAGAGAAGAGUUUGGGAAAUGUGUGGAAAAUCCGUCUGUGGCAUGAUAAUAAAGGACUGAGCCCCUCUUGGUACGUGCAGCACGUCAUCAUCAAGGACCUGCAGCGCAGUAAGAACUACUUCUUCUUGGUCAAUGACUGGCUGUCUGUGGGGCAGGAGGAGACUGGGCGUCGGGUGGAGAAGGAAAUCUUUGCAGCCAGUGAGACAGAACUGAAGAGAUUCUCCAGGAUCUUCAUGUCUGAAGUGCAGCGCGGAGUCUCUGAGAAACAUGUCUGGUUGUCUAUGUGGGAUCGACCUCCCCGCAGCCGCUUCACCCGUGUCCAGAGAGCCACCUGCUGCGCUCUACUCAUAUUCCUGUUCCUGUGCGCCAAUGCCGUGUGGUACGGUGUGGUGGGAGAUAAGAAUCAUGGGGACAGAGCUGUGUCCGAGUCUGUUCCUCUCAGCGUGGACUCGGUAGCUGUGGGAUUGGUGACCAGUGUCUUGGUGUAUCCAAUCUACCUGGUCAUCCUCUACCUGUUCAGACGGGCCCGAAGCAGGACCUGUGUCCGGCCGUCCCUCACGUACUUUGAUCAGCCUUCUCUAGAAAUUGAUAACUACCUGGACACGGUGAUGGAAAGUUCCUUCAUUACAUACACAGGCAACCAUGGAGAGGCUUUCUCUGACCAAACCAAAACAGAAAUUCCUGUGGAAGACACAAAGAGCUUCAUCCAGUGGAAUACCAAUGACGGAGUUCUCAGCUGGCCAGACCUCCUCAGUGAUCCUUCCAUCAUGGGCAACACCAUUCAAAAGCUGGAGAGACACCGAAGCAGCUGUAACGUUGGGCUAGACGCCAGCUGCCACCCCAGUGAGGAUGAUAGCGUGGUGUUAGGGCUACCGCAGGCCAUACCGCAACAGUUCCUAGCAUCAGAUGGAGCCAGCAGCAUGUCCCUUCCACAAAACCUGAGGAGGAUCUCUCGGACCGAGACGGAUCUUCUGUCAGACUUAUCGAACCCGUUUGGAGAUAAAACAGAAACCAUAAUGUUGGAUAAACUAAAUGACAAAGGGCAGACUUUAUCUGGAUCUGUGAGGGAUGUGACCAAGUCAGUCAAGUCCAACAGGACAGUCAUCACAGAUGCUUUCCAGAGACAGCGGCAGAUGCUUCCUUCUUGGUGCACACGUGUGGCUCAUGUCCUCAGCUGCUUCCUCCUCCUUUGCUGUUUUGCUGUUUCGGUGUGGAUCGGGGUGGGCUUCACCUCCAGCGUGGGUCUUAUGUGGCUCAUCUCUGGAAUAUUCAGCUUCCUCUGCUCGUUCUUCGUCUUGGAGCCCUUAAAGGUCCUCCUGGAGGCCAUAUACUUUGCCCUGGUGGUGAAGCGAUUGUACCCUGAAGAAGAGGACACUCUUGUAGAAUGUCCACUAGUGGAGCAGAUAUCUGAGAGAAUCACCAAAGUCCGACCACCACAGGGAUUUGCUUUGUUCCAGGCCAGAGAGGAAGCGCGCAAGGUCAAACUUCUGCAUAGGAUGCUUAAGAACCUUAUGGUUUAUACACUCUUCUUCCUGGUCGUCCUCCUGACCAACUAUGGAGAUGCUUCGGUGAACCACAAGGCCUACAUGCUGCAGCGCUCAGUGCGACAGGAGAUGGGGAGCCACAAGUUCAUGCAGAUUAAGAGGUCUGAUGAGUUCUGGGCCUGGGCUUCGGACAUGCUGCUGCCAUGUCUGUAUGAUAAUCAGCGGGGGAGCUACAGCAGCUUGUUGGGGUCCGCUCGCUUACGCCAGAUCCGGUUAAAGAAAGCCACGUGUGAUGUCCAUUGGUCGUCCAGCCCUGAGACCUGUUUAGAAGAGUUUGACAACACCAACUAUAACAUUGCUUGGUCUAACGCUUCCGCCAUGUCUUCCCGGGACUGGUCGUAUUCUCCACCAGAUAACACAGGGGCCUGGUAUUGGGGUUUUCUCUCGUUCUAUGACAGUUCUGGAUACAUUCAACAGCUGGGGGGCAGCUUGGAGGAGAACCGGGCCAUCUUAGAGGACCUUCAGCAGGAGUUCUGGAUUGAUAGCCUGACGAGGGCUCUGUUUGUGGAGUUCUCUUUAUACAGCCCUGGGGUCCACCUCUACUCCUCGGUGACGUUGCUGCUGGAGUUCCCAUUGGCCGGUAGAUCCCUCCCAUCAGCUGAAAUAAGAGCCUUUCCUUUACUGCGUCUGAGCAGCGGUACUCACCUACUUCUUAUCAUGAUGGUCUUUCUCAUGAUGUUUGUCGUGUACUUUGUGCUCGCCGAGUGUCUGUGUAUCAGAAAGGAGGGGCGGCUCUACUUCACCAACGUCUGGAACUACGUUCAGUGGCUACUCAUGGUCUUGACGGUGAGCACCGUGGUUGUGUAUCUGAGCCGUGGCAGCUUGGCCGACCAGCAGUGGGAAGGAUACCGGAAGGACAAAGUCUCGUUCGUCAGCCUGCACCAUGUGGCCUUUUUGGGUAACGCCUUCAGCAUCCUCUCUGCGUCUUUGCUCUUCCUCCUCACGGUGAAGGUGGCACAGCAGCUACGAUUCAUCAGGGAGUGGUCCGUAUUUGGAAAGACGCUGAGUAUGUCUAUGAAAGAGCUGUGUGCUGCAGCGGGGGCCACGCUGGGUCUGGUGCUGGUGUACGCUCAGGUUGGCUUUUUGCUUUUCUCAUCCUCCUGGGAGAGAUUUCACAGCUUUGGGGCAAGCAUCCUCUCUCUGUUUGCCGUGGCUCGUGGCACUUUAAGUCUAAAGGCCCCGUUCCCGUAUUUCUCCUAUGUUCACCAUCUCUACUUUGCGAGCUACCUGGUGCUGGAAGUAUGGAUCCUGAUGAGAUUCUUUGGGGCCAUAUUGAUCAACAAUUACCGACAGGUGCGGCUGGAUUUAUUCCGACCGGCUUUCGAACUACAGGACUAUGAGAUGGUGGAGCUUUUUCUCAGGAGGCUUCGGAUCUGGAUGGGUGUCAGCAAAGUGAAAGAGUUCCGUCACAAGGUGCGCUUUGAAGGAAUGGAACCACUUCCUUCCCGCUCUUCCAGUGAUUCCAAGUCUCUUCGAGGUUCUACUGCUAGUGCCGCUUCCGAUACCUCAUCUUCCUCCUCCUUCUCCACCAUUUCCAGUCAGCUAGAUACGUUCAGCGCCGUGAGCACCAGGGAGAGGGCAGAGGUCGAUGCCAACAUUCAAAGAUUGCUCCCCGUGCUGGAGACUCUUCUGUCACAGUUUGAUCUGGUCAACCAUGCCACCGAAGAAGUCUAUCAGAUAGAGCGCAAUCUGGAACAUGUACAAAUGAGAAUAGCCAAGAAGAGGAGUCAACACGAGAGCACUCCAACUCAGAGGUCACUAAGACAUUCCCAAGGGUCACAAGGCCUCCAGCAGAACUCUGCAUCCACUCAAAGUGGAAGUGCCAAAUCUGAGAGUCACCAGCGACGGAAGCAAAAUCCUCUGCUGCCUACUUCACCAUCGUCCACAAUUUCUCAGGUAUUAACAGAGAGCACUUCAGCGAGCAAAACGAUAUCCGUGGACAAGGUGGUGGCAGAAGAGCCGGCGCUCAUCCCGAUGCAGUUAACACAGAGCAAAAGGAGGAAGACCAUGCGGGCACACAACAGAGUCCAUCCCAGUGUUAGUUAGCAGACCCCAUUGGUGUGAUGUCUCAUUAGCUCCAGGGGCGUCUUGGUAUAAGUAUUGGGAUAAGUUUUCUCACGUUGCUCUUACAAACCAACUGGUAGAUCUUCAAGACCCAAAUGGAGAUCUUCCCAACAGCUCGUCUUGUUGGCCUACGAACAGUUAGUCCUGAUUUAACAGCGUUUCCCAAGAUACGUCAACAAGCACAGGUUCCUUUUGGUUCUAAAGCCCUGGAGGCUUUUAGGUCCUAAAUCUACAGGCCCUGGUGGCUUGAAAGCUUUACUUUUGGAAGCCCUGGAGGCUUAUACUGAGUUCAUGGAGCCCGGGUGGCUCCAGACGAUAUUUUCAAUGAGCCCUGGCGGCUCAUACUUUGGUUUGUAGACAGCCGGCUGUCCCGCGACCUGUCCUGUUGACAAUUACUAGGACUCAUAUUUGGGAAACACUGAGCUACAAGGAGCUGCUUACUGACUCUGAAUGAAGCUUUAUAAAAGUCUUAAGAACGUGUUUGGCAUCUAGUCAUCUUCUGGAGAUGCUUCUUGCAAGAUUAUCGAUGGUGCUUUUAAAAAGGGACCGGGGUGUAUUGAAGGACUUGCUGGUCAGUCCUGAGUUACGACAACAGUCAUUGCUGGUCUCUAGGUUAUAAUCAGGGUGCUGCAAGAGCGUCUUAUUCCCUUUAGCACUGUAGAGAAGUCAUUACCUGGGUACUUUACCAGGGGGGAAAAAGGGAACAGAAUUCUACUUGGCUUGGAUGAACCAACAUCAUGGCGGGAGUAAGAUGGACUUAUGAAGGAGUUACUCUUCUUUCUGAUUUCUUGAGGAACUUGUGAAAGUUUGAUCUCCUACUACCCAUUUGUUAUGAUCCCCCACAGUUGAGUUUACAGGACAAAAAUGGUGGAAGACCUCCGCCCCUAAGGCAUUGCACACAAACAGUUGCACCUGGUGCAGAAGUAUUUGUAUUGUGUCUUAAGUACCAGAGAUUUCUUCCACGGUGGAAUUUACUUUGUGCCUUCAAAGGAGAAUUACAGGAAUAUCUCACCAUGUGGUUUGGAACCUAGAGGGACUUUACUAUCAUCUUUCCAAAUUAAGGCACCGCUUGCUAUUGUUGGUCCGUAUGUGUGUGUGGGGGGAGGGGGGGGGGGUGUCUUGGCCCAAAAGCAAAAUUCCUGAAAAGGCAUCGUAUAGUCUUGGAAGAAAAUGGCAAGCACCACUUAUGGCUGACACCUCUGGUUCUGAAGGUCCUUGCUGUGUAGACCAUCUGUGGCUUCUGGUUAUACACAAGAACGUAGAUUAGAUGAGAUCCGAUCCGACCCCCCCAAAUAUAAUCCCUAGUGCUCCUGCUAUCAUCAGGGUCCAGGAGGCUAUACAUCCCCCUUUGGAACUGAAUGUAUUUCUCAUGUUUGUGUUAGUUUGUACCUUUCAGCAGUUUGCAUGGAGCGCCACGCACUUUAUCAAAUGCUUUAAAAAAAAAAAUUAUAAUAAUAAUAAUUCUAUAUAUACCCAGGCCAGAAACAUUCAAUGCAACCUAAGUAUUUUUGUAAGGGACUUCCUAUCUCCAAGACCAUGUCUUAUACCUUGUAAGGCAGUUGUCCUCAAUAAAGUCCUUAAAGGAGUACUCCCGUGCCCCAGCCUUCUGAAUACAGCAUUACAGCAAGCCCCUCCAUUAAGGUCUAUUGGAUUGGGCAUGAUGUGGCAACCGCUACUCCAAGUCUUCUGAACCGGAUGUUCAAAAGGCUGGGGCAUGGGAGUACCCCUUUAAGGCCCACCAACAUGCUGUUUUUUUUUUCCCCCAGUUACUCCAUUGGAAUAGAACAGGAAAAAAUAAAAUCCUGGACUGUUGGUGGCCUUGGGGACUGGGUUAGGGACCUCUGGUGUAAGGUGUUUUAUUAACAGGUGAUGCUCAGGUCUGUACAUCAAACUGAAAAAAGCUAAAAAGGGGGAAUGGAGCCCAAAAAAACUAAUCAAGGUGUCUCCAUGCGAUUGAACAUGGUUUCCUCAGCCACCACACCCUAUUCCUAGCCAUCAUAUUCCACAGCCAUCUAGGGCCGGUAUAGGCAACCUUCGGCACUACAGAUGUUUUGGAUUACAUCUCCCAUGAUGCUCUUUCAUCCAAAAAAUGCUGCCAAAGCAUCAUGGGAGAUGUAGUCCAAAACAUCUGCAGUGCCAAAAGGUUGCCUAGUCCCUAUCUAGGGACUGCAUAUAAAUGGUAGAUACCUCACCAAAGUGCGACACUCCUUAACCCAAUGCUCAAGCCCCGCCAACAAUUCAGAAUUAGAUUAUUUUAUUUUUUUUUCAAUUCUCCCCCCCCCGGCUCUAUUCCAGUGGAGUAACUCAAAAACCCAUAAUGCUGGUGGGACUUAAGGACUGGGUUGGGGACCACUUCCUUAGAGGAUGAAUGGAUCAGUGGUCAAGCAUGGGGGGGCUGCAGUGUUUGCAGGAUCAAAAGCUAGCCAUCCCCUAUCCUGGGACUAGGGGGAGAAAAAAAAAAAAAAGUGAUCAUACCAAAAAACUGAGUUUGCAUAGGUGGAUUUGUACUGCAGCCAAAUUAAAAAACAUUUUAUACUCCAGUCACGGCGAGAGCUGCAUAUACAAUACUGAUGGUUUAGACUUUGUCACUACACCCCCUUACAUUGCAUAGAGGAUCAAUUGAGAGAGAGGAAGGAGAAAAAAAAACUAAAAAACUAAAAAAAAAACUAAAAAACUAAAAAAAAAAACUAAAUUUUCAGGCCCAAACAUCUCCAAUAGCAGUGGUCUCCAAACUGUGAUCAUCCGGAUGUUGCAAAACUACAACUCCCAGCAUCCUGUGAGGUCCAACAGUUUAGAGACCACUUUCCUAUAGUGCAGUGGUCUU